CUACUCUCACUUCCCUCUCGUUGACAUAACAUAUCCCAACUUUCUAUUUCCAUUCUCUCUCUAAAACCCAAAAAAACACUUCUAUUUUCUCACUCUGGCGAUGCAAGGCCUACGUCGUUACCCCAACGACGUCGUUUGCCUCGACCUGUCACCGCCUCUUCCAUCAACCACCACCAGCAACUCCUCCUCCUCCUCCUCUCUCUCAAUCGACGCAGUCGAAUCCGCCGAAACUAAAAUCCAACGGCUCAUAUCCGAGCAUCCGGUAAUCAUCUUCUCCCGAUCCGCAUGCUGCAUGUGCCACGUCAUGAAGAAUCUCCUCUCCACCAUCGGAGUUCAUCCGACGGUUAUCGAGUUAGACGAUCACGAGAUCUCCGCUCUUCCUCCGCCGCCUAUUCCGCACGAUAAUAACAUCGAUCACGACUCUAAUUCCGCUCGUAACAGCAGCAAUAUCGCUCCCUCCGUGUUCAUCGGAGGAGUUUGUAUCGGCGGACUCGAGUCGCUGGUUGCUCUUCAUCUGAGCGGUCAACUCGUUCCCAGGCUAGCUGAAGUCGGCGCUCUUUGGGUAUGAUCUCUCUUUAUAAAUAUAUAUAUUUAUUAAUUAAAUUGUCUUAGAAAUUAUGUUGUUUUUAUAAUGAUAAAAUUAUAAUCAAUCUCUUUGAAAAAAAAUUAGUAUAAAAGAGGUUUUGUAAUUUGAAUGUUAGAUAUUUUGGGGAUUUAAUUUCUCUCUAUAAUUGUAAGCUAGGCACCAAGAAUAAUUAUUGUUCUUCUUCUUCCUCUUGUUAUUAUCAUCUUUAAUCCACUUUUUACUGGUUAAGUGA